CUCCACAGAGGGGGGGGGGGACGGAAGUUGUUUCCCGGCACCAAAAUACAGUCGUUACGCUAAAGCGGGGUCUGUUUUCAUCACGGUGGACGUAGCCUCCCGCCGAGCCACCGAGAUGAAACUUGUUGUCGUUGUCGUCGCAGUAGCGUCUAUUUUUACAGAGCAUCUCGCGCUUCCAGCCGGAAACCAGGGGCAGAAAGAAGACGUGGUAACACGGUGUUUGGUUGAAGUCUUGUCCAAGGCUCUUUCCAAAUCUGAAUCUCAUCCAGUGGAUCAAGACUGCAAAGAAAUCCUCCAAGCAGGAGUUAAACCGGCCCCACUGGACAAGAAGAAUGAAGAUGAGGAAGUCAAAGGGCAUAGAGGUGAGGCUGAUGUGAAAGACAUAGAGGCACUCCUGAAGACUGUGGAGGAAAAGAGAGAGACCCCCGAAGAUGAGCGCAGCCAGGAAAACUGGGGUCUAGAUGAUGAGAAGGAGAAAAGAUCAGAGGAGAGCGAGGAGAGAGACAAGAGGUACUGGAGGCCUGGAAGAUACCAUCAGAAAAAACACAAGCGUGAUGAAGAACUGUCUGAAGAAGAGAGGGAUGAACCUGAGGAGGAACGUAGCCAGGAAUCCUGGGAUCUGGACAAAAGGCACGAAAAGGAGGAGGAUGAGUACAGAGAUAAACGAGUUUGGAAACCCACACAUCGUUACCACCACAAGAAGAAGCUUCACAAGCGUGGUGACAAACCUUCUGAAGAGGAGGAAGGUGAUGAACGCAGCCAGGAGUCCUGGGGUCUGGAUGAUGAGAGAGACAAGAGGGACUGGAGGCCAGGGAGGUACCACCAAAGAAGACACAAACGUGAUGAGGAGCUGUCAGAGGAAGUGAGAGAUGAGCCUGAUGAAGAACGCAGUCAGGAGUCCUGGGAUUUUGAUAGUGAAAGAGAAAAGCGGGACUGGAGGCCUGGACGCUACCACCAAAGAAGACACAAACGUGAUGAAGAGCCCGAUGAAGAACGCAGCCAGGAGUCUUGGGGUCUAGAUGACGAAAGGAACAAGAGGGAUUGGAGGCCUGGUCGCUACCACCAAAGAAGACACAAACGUGAUGAAGAGCCGGAUGAAGAACGCAGCCAGGAGUCUUGGGGUCUGGACGACGAAAGAGACAAGAGGGACUGGAGGCCUGGGAGGUACCACCAAAGAAAACACAAACGUGAUGAAGAGCUGUCGGAGGAAGCCAGGGAGGAGCCAGAUGAAGAACGCAGUCAAGAGUCCUGGAGUCUAGACAAGAGACAUGGAAACGAGGAGGAGGAAAGAGAAAAGCGUAUCUGGAAACCAACGCAUCGGUACCACCAUAAGAAGAAAAUUCACAAGCGUGGUGGAGGCUCCUCUGAAGAGGAGGAUGAUCAACUAAGGAGUGAUUCAGAGGAAUAUGAGGAAGAGAAAAGGCAUGAUGAUGAGGAGGCAGCCAAGGAGAGGAACAGGGAGGAAGCUCUGAGGUAUCUGGUGGAGAAGCGCAAUCCCUGGAUAUACCGUGGUUUCUACCAUCCUGCCUGGUAUAAAAGAGACUCAGAUGACCACACUGCAACAUCACAUAAGAUGGAGGAACUGGCAAAGCUGUUGAGCCAUAAGAUGAACCAGCUGGCCACCAAUUCCGAUCAAGAAAAGAAGAGCACACACGAGGGGCAACUGACCCCUCAGGAGGAGAAAGAGCUUGAAAAUUUUGCAGCCAUGGAUAUGGAGUUGCAGAAGAUUGCUGCCAAAAUGCAUGAAAACAGUGACUGAGCGGUGACAGACACCAUUUCAAACCACUACUGGCAGAUAC